AUGCAUGCUAGCGCUCAACAUAUACCCAAGUUGCUUGUUUCUUCGCCAUACUUGGUCAUUGUGGUCGGCUCGAUUUUGGAGCCGUCAAAGUUUCGUGUACACCACCGCUACAAUUAUAAUGCGAUCGCUUCAUCAUGUGAGUGUGAGCAGUUGUGCCAGACUAACUACCUGCUUACUCGGUUGUAA